AUGGCGGCAAAUUUCAGUGACGAAGAUUUUGCAAGACAGCUUCAAGCCCAAUUUGAUGCAGAAUCUGCUUUGACUCUACAGAAUGAUCUUAAGAACACUGCCAACAGGACAACAUCUUCAAACUUUGUUUCUGACAGUGAUUCUGAUGUUACGUUGGACCCAGAACUAGAACAGGAACGUUUGAGCUGUAGCAUUGAAGGGAAGAAUACCUCAAAAACACCCCAUUAUGUGUCUAAUUCUGAUUCGGAUGUGACCCUUUCUCCUAACAAUGCUGAUUGGGAGAGCGUAUCUAAAAACAUGUCAUUUAAUAGUAAUAAUACUUCCAAGAAAUCAUUAGAACAUUCAGCAUCAUCAAGUGAAAAAAUAAAGUACAACAAAAGGCAAAGGGUGGAACUGGAAGUGAAACGACGAUGUAGUAAAACUCAUGAAAUAUCUGACUCUGAAGAAGAAACUGAAUAUUUAAGAAAACCUGAAAAAAAGUCAAAAGACCUCAAGACACCAUCUAUUAGCUAUUCUAAAGACGGUGAAAGUAGUAAAAAUUCACAUAAAGUAUUCAUCAGAGAAUCUGAUACCAACACUCAUAAAGAAGAUAGUUAUCAUAGAAACACUGUGAAAACUCAAUCUAGUCAGCAACAGUCUUUAGUGCAUAAUAGUAUCCAGCACAAGGACAAUUCUUUACAAAAGAGGUCGAACUCAGCAGAUGAAAAAAGAGAUUCUUCUACACCAUCAAGUCUAAAGAGAAAGCAUACAUUAAUUAUAGACAAAGAAACAUCUACAAACAAAAAGGAAAGCCCUGUUUGUCAGUAUGGCUCAAAAUGCUAUAGAAAAAACCCAUCACACAGAGAGGAGUUUCAGCAUCCAGUGGAUGAUAAUGAUGAGCAGAGACCUUCAACAAGUUCCACUUCACGUCCUCCAGCCAAAAAGAUGAAGACUGGAGGAUCCCCAGUAGCAAGAGGCCCUAUGACACCAUCCAGAAAUUUUAAUGAUGGACAACCACUUAGUUUCUUCCUUACAAAAGUUCAUGGCAUUGAUAAUAAGUACAACAGGUCUUGCACCAUGGAUGUGAAAGAUAUACUGUCUGCAGACAUGGGAAAUUUGGUAGCGUCAUGUCAGUUCAACUACAUGUUUGAGAUUCCUUGGUUGAUGAAACAGUAUCCAGAACAGUUUAGAUCCAAACCUCUCCUGCUGGUCCAUGGAUUUAAGGGCCCAAACAAGGCCAGUUUAGAGGCUGAGGGAUCUGCCUACUCUAAUAUACGCUUUUGUCAGGCUCGUCUGGAUAUGCCGUAUGGUACACAUCACACGAAGAUGAUGUUCCUGUUGUAUGACAAUGGAAUGCGUGUAGUCAUACAUACAUCCAAUAUGAUAGAGCGAGACUGGUUCCAAAAAACACAGGGGAUGUGGAUCAGUCCACUGUUUCCCAAGCUCCCUAAACCAAGCAAUACACAGGGGGAGUCUCCGACAGGGUUCAAACGAGAUUUGCUGGAGUAUGUUGGUGCAUACCAGGCUUACCAGCUGAAGGACUGGAAGGAUCAUAUCUCCUGUCAUGACAUGUCAUCUGCUAGAGUAUUUAUUGUUGGUUCGUGUCCAGGCAGACAUGCUGGUGACAGAAAGAGUCGCUUUGGUCACAUGAGGUUACGCCGUCUGCUCCAUGACCAUGGUCCCGAGAAGGAGCUGGUGAAGACCUGGCCAGUCAUUGGUCAGUACUCCAGUGUUGGGACGUUAGGACCGUCGAAGGAGACAUGGCUUAGUACGGAAUGGUUCCAAUCUCUGGCCACGGUCCGGGGAACCAGUUCAGUACCGUUGAUGACCAUACCACUACAGCUGAUAUUUCCAACCAAAGAUAACGUUCGAACCAGUUUGGAGGGAUAUCCAGCUGGAGGCUCAAUUCCCUACAGUAUUCAUGUGGCUCGCAAACAGCCAUAUCUUCAUACAUUCCUAAACCGAUGGAAGUCUGAUGGUCGUGGCAGGAGUAGAGCCAUGCCUCACAUCAAGACAUAUGGACGAUCAUCACCAUCGGGGAAGGAGUUGGCAUGGUUCCUGGUAACGAGUGCGAACUUGUCCAAGGCAGCUUGGGGAGCAAUGGAAAAGAAAGGAAGUCAGCUGAUGAUACGGUCCUACGAGUUAGGGGUCCUCUUCAUACCAAAAUUCUUUGAAAAGAAAGGGAUAUUCAAGACUUCAAGCGAUGUUGACAGUAUUGAUGGAGUAUUUCCAUUACCUUACGAUCUGCCUGUGACACCUUACAGUAAGGCAGACAAACCAUGGAUCUGGGAUAUUGCUUACAAAGAGCUGCCAGAUACCAAUGGAAACAUGUGGUGCCCUCCAGGUUCAUGACCAUUUAAGCCUCUGACAUCCUGAAUCAAGGAUAAAUUGCCUUAACAAAUGGUAGUAUGUAAUGCUGUCCAGGUUAAUGGUGGUCCAUAUCUUUAACAUCUUGGAUCUGGGAUAAAUUGUUUAUGUCAACAAAAGUAUGUCAUUCACACCAUGUUUAGGAUGGUCCACGUCUCCCGACAUCUGAAGUCUUAGGAAUUAGACAAGAAAUAAGCUGAUAAUCAUAUGAUGUCCCUCCUAUAUUGAUGAAGUUAUAUGUCUCUGACAUUUGGAAUCUGGGACACAGUAAGCUGCCUAAGCCAGUGUAUUUGAAUGAUCCCUGUCUGAGUCAGGGUUUUGUGGAUUGAUUGGGUUUUUUGUGUGUAUGUUUUUGUUUUAAUGGUUUGUUCGAUAUUUUUCAAACAUUGGAAUUCAUAUAGGUGCUAGAUUUAAAACUGCAAAAAUAGUAUGCAUUAUGAAAUGAUUCUAGAGAGUGAAAACUCAUAAAAUAUUUGAUAGAAGAUUGGUUUUAAUACACUAAUGCUGUUACAGAAUAUAACAAAGCAUCAUCAAAUCAUUUACAAAUUAAUGUAUGAAAUACAAGUGUAUACAGUAGCUACAUGUUUUAAUUUGUCUUCAAUAGAUGCAAAUUUUUCAUCAG